AGCUUAAUAUCGAGUCGUUUGCUUUUGAGUAUUGUGUAAAACUAUAUUGACCCUCUGGAACUAGACGGUGAUUUACUGCUCCCUGCUGGCAGAACCGCGGUACUGCUUAGUUCUCGUGCAUACAAACACCGGAAGUCUAACAUUAUUAGCAUGUCGGAUGCUGUAAUAGAACAAAUAUCACACGAAAUACAUUCUAAAAACAAUUAGUAGUUUAAUCUUGAGUUAUUUUCCGUCGGUUAAUGUGUAAGAAUCCAUUUUAACUCUUUGGAAAUAGUAUUAGGUAUGCUGCUCCCUGCUGGUGGUAGUGAGGUAGUGCUCACGAACAAUGCACCUCUGUUGCUAGGUUAUGCGAAAACAUCCCACCUGCGAACCAGUGGAACUGUUCUAGAUGCGUACAUUUAAGAACAUUUUAAUUUAAGAUUUGAGACAUGUAUAAUUUAGCUCAACAACACGGACUUUUAUUGUGAAGAGCACUUUAUUCCGUCGUUACAUCCUCCGCAUGACGACCGGAUCGAUACAUUUCAGCUUGGUAUGCUAAACCUGAGCUAACAUGGGGUCCUUUUUACAAUAGCAGGAACAAUGCCGAACCACCACUGUCACUUUGCCGAGAGCUGAGCCGGUGACAAGGCCGAUGAUGGUGCACCAGUGACGGGCAGGGGGAAGGGCGAGGUCCAGCCUGCUGGGAGGAUGCAGCAUCCUGCUAGCCAAGACUGAUGACUGGCUGUUAGCAUACGUUCAUCUGCAGGGGGAGGCAAGAUGGCGGCUAAGGUGAAGUGGGUGACAGACAUUGAGAAGUCGGUGCUCAUCAACAACUUCGAGAAGCGGGACUGGGUUCAAGUGGCAGAAAAUGAAGACUGGAAUUUUUACUGGAUGAGCAUCCAAACCAUCCGCAACGUCUUCAGCGUGGACACGGGGUACCGCUUAACCGACGAGCAGAUGGUUAACCACUUCCCCAACCACUACGAGUUGACCAGGAAGGACCUGAUGAUCAAGAACAUCAAGCGGUACCGUAAGGAGCUGGAAAAGGAAGGGAGUCCGCUCGCCGAGAAAGACGACAACGGGAAAUACGUCCAUUUAGAUUUUGUCCCGGUGACGUUCAUGCUCCCUGCGGACUACAAUCUAUUUGUGGAGGAGUUCCGUAAGAACCCAUCCAGCACCUGGAUCAUGAAGCCCUGCGGGAAGGCGCAGGGGAAGGGCAUCUUCCUCAUCAACAAGCUAUCCCAAAUCAAAAAAUGGUCUCGGGACAGCCGCACAUCCUCGUUUAUGGCGGCCUCUAGUGGUAAGGAAGCUUACGUCAUCUCCCUUUACAUCGACAACCCUCUCCUCAUUGGCGGCAAGAAGUUCGACCUGCGUCUCUACGUUCUCGUCACCACAUACCGGCCGCUCAAAUGCUACAUGUACAAGCUAGGCUUCUGCAGGUUCUGCACGGUGAAGUACACGCCGAGUACCAGCGAACUGGACAACAUGUUCGUGCAUCUCACGAACGUCGCCAUCCAAAAACACGGCGACGACUACAACCACGUCCACGGCGGCAAGUGGACCGUCAGUAACCUGCGUCUUUACUUGGAGAGCACCAGAGGAAAGGAGGUGACCGGUCGGCUCUUUGACCAGAUCCACUGGAUUGUGGUGCAGUCCUUGAAGGCCGUGGCUCCUGUGAUGAACAAUGACAAACAUUGCUUCGAAUGUUACGGUUAUGACAUCAUUAUCGACGACAAGCUGAAGCCAUGGCUCAUCGAGGUCAACGCGUCCCCAUCUUUGACCUCCAGCACCGCCAACGACCGCAUCCUUAAGUACAACCUCAUCAACGACACGCUCAACAUCGUUACGCCCAACGGGGAGAUGCCGGACUACCGCUGGAAUCGCAGCCCGCCGCAGGACGCCCUGGGAAACUAUCAAGUUCUGUACGACGAGGAGCAGGCCCAGAGCGAGAGCGCCGACCUGCGGAGCCGCUCUGGCCAGUCGCUGAGCUCCAAGGGCCCCAAGGGCAGCACAGGCAUCCGCCCCUCUGCAGCCACCUGGAAGUGAGGCAAGACCCACAGAUACCGCCCGGGGGGAUAACAUUUUAGUCCAGACUGUUUCCUUUUCUAUUAUAAUGCCUGUUGGAUUGUGCCUCAAUGGAUGGACGUUACCUUUCUACAUUCAAAACGCCACCUUUGAGGUUUCCAUUUUUGCAUUUUCUUUUUUUGUAAGUCUAUAAAAUAACAGCAAAAAAAAAAAAAGAUAAAAAAAAACAUUGGGACAAAAAGUCACCAUAUGACAUCAAUGGAUAUCUCACUUUUUUUGUAAGUUGGAUCAACUUGGGAGUGGAUGUCCUUCAAAUAAUAUUAAAAUAAGUACAAAUAUUUAAUGAAAUAAUUCCUGUUGUGCCACUGGCAAUGUAUCUGUUUUUAAAGGAAAAAUGCACUUUUUUUUAUUUUGCCCCUCAGCCGUGAUUCUCAUGUGAGACAUGAACACAUCGUUCUCUUUUCUGUGCCUUCUAAAGAUAUAAAAACAGCUAAAAAGAGACAACAACAAUGCACAUAUUAGAAUGCACAUAUUCCACUAAGAAGAAGCACCAAUAACGCUCCAUGUGACCUGUUAUUAUUAUUGUUAUUAACAUUGUUACACCCAAUAACUACUUUACUGGUGUAGUGACACCUUGCCACAUCACAGCUAGCUACUAGCUGGCUAAAAAAAAACAAAAAAAAAGCUAUCCGGCUAAUAGUGACAAUCGCUACCGCUACACUACAUAUUGAGGCUGCCACUAACUGCUGCUGUGUUUUUGAUGCUAGGUGUAGCAUUCCUCUCUAUGUUGCUAGUGGAUGUGUUUAAUAUUUAUAUUAAUUAUGUGCAGGGUUGUGGAUGACAAGAGUGCAGCAAUUUUGCUUAUGGCCUUUCAAAGUGUGUAAACAAUAGCUUGUUUAUUCAAAGCAUAAUGAUGGGU